AUGGCCUCAAAUCCUCAGUCUGACUAUCAUGAAAAGGUCGCUCGUACAGGAGAGACCGUGACAGAUGAAACCCUUUUCGCUUCCCCAAAUGAGGUGCCCCACGUCUCCGCGUUCAAAGGACCUCUCGAACGUGCGGUAGACUCCGGGAGCGAAACAGAAAUGUCGACCGAGUCGAGAAGAUCCUCCUUUGUCGAGCCUCUGAAGACACACGCACGCCAUGCGCUGAAGAGAUCUAGAAGGGCUAUCAGGAGAUCAACCCACUUCCUCUUGGGAAAGGACGACGACGGACCUGAAUGGGAGAAAGCCGAAGAUGGGAUGGAUGGUUUGGCUGAAGAAGACGCGAAUGUUAUUCGUGAAGCAUUAACAACCGCAAAGGAGAACGGCGGUGACGGAAAGCUCUAUUUUAGAAAGAUCACUCGCGAUGAGCCAGAUCAUCAUGAGUUCUGGCAGGUCAAACUUGAGCACAAACGGCGUGCGUGUCGGGAGCAAGCUGAGACACUUCAAGAAGCCGCUAAGAGAAUGAAGAGUUUCCUCGACUACAAAGAACCCGGAGAGCUGGACGAAAGGUUCAAACGCUUGUACGAAUAUAUUCAUAAUGAUAAGCAUUUCGAAGGAGCCACUAUCUUGUUCAAGUCAGGAAAGGCCAAGGACUGGUAUCCAUGGAAAGUCCGACUAUAUCACCCAAAUGGCUUCACUAAACACGCCGAUACUCUUGAAGAAGCAAUUGGUGCUUUGGAAAUGCAUGUUCAGUUCGAAGAAGUGACGCCAGAAAAUUACACGGGCGGUGUUUGGGAGAAGAUAUUCGCUGCACUGAAAAGACAUCGCAAGACAAGGGUAUUCAUCAAAGAGGUCAUAGUAGAAGACACAAAUGGCGACCAAGAGAAACUGUGGCACAUGAAAGUCGAUCACCCGAUUCGCGGUAUUCAGUUCGAGACGAAGGAGCCUUCCAUUGAAACGGCUGCUGUGCAGGUACUGUCAGUGCUGAACCACCUCGGUCGGAAAAAGCAGGAGAAGGCAGCAAAUUCAUGGGCUGCAACACGAUGA